CUUCUUGCAGCCAACUUACUUUGACUUUUUCUGAUCAAAUCAGCCUCCGUCCUUCGGUUGGAGCCAGGACCAGCUGCAUCUGAAGACUGAAGACAGACGAACUGCUCUCUCUCUCUCUCUCUCUCUCUCUCUCUCUCUCUCUCUCUCUGUGUGCGUGUGUGUGUGCGUAACAUAACUCUGCAUUGCGCUGAAGCGUGCACCAUUAUCAUGGAUGCGCAUGACCGUGGAGCAACCGUCAGGGUGGCAGCAAAUGGCUGUUCUGCCGAACGCGACGGCCUGACAGGCUGUGAUAGGAGCGAAGAGAGGGGAUCAUCCUGCUGGUUUCGUGGCAGCGUCCUUGGGCAAGGGUCAUUUGGGCGGGUGCAUCACGCGCUUGACAGACGGUCGUGCGCGGUGUUUGCCGUGAAGACCGUAGGCAUCACUCCAGAGGCCGUUGGCGAUCCAGGAAGCCCUUUGGCGCGUGCGUCGAUGGCCGAGCUUCGUGCAUUAGAGAACGAGAUCACCAUUCUAAGGCGGCUGGGUCCGUCUCCUCACGUGGUGAAGUACCUUGGGGACGACUGGACAGUAGGCCAGGACGGGUCAUCGGAGCGAAACCUGCUCCUGGAGCUGGCGAACGGGGGCAGCAUGGCGGAGUUCUCAAAGCGUUUCGGGGGAAAGUUGGACGAGUCUAUGAUCCGGCGAUGCUGCCGAGGGAUUCUGCGCGGACUGCAGCACGCGCACUCCCAGGGAGUAGUGCAUCGGGACGUCAAAGGUCAGAACGUCUUGGUGGUGGUCGACGAGGAGGGUGGGGUAACUGCCAAGCUCUCGGACUUUGGUGCUUCAGCUUGCGUCUGGGGGAACCGUGGCGCUUCCGUCGAUGGCCAAUCGCAAGGUUCAUCCAUCCAGCUCGGUACUGUAUCGCCGGAGGAGGUCAGCGCUUGUCCUAGACCUUCCGUAUCCCUCGCAGGCACUGUUCAGUGGAUGGCUCCCGAGGUAGCCGGCCAGAGCGGCACGCUGGAAGCGGCGUCCGACAUUUGGUCGUUGGGCUGCACGGUGAUCGAGAUGGCUACCGGCAGAGCGCCCUGGACGGACGUGGAGGACGCCAUGUCAGCGCUGUUCCGCAUCGCGUGCACCGACGAGAGCUCCCAUCCCGCUGGUUUCCCGAAUACUGCGGAUCUAACCCCGGUGGGAUCGUUGGUCUCGUCACGCUUGGGUGGCGGAAAGGAAAGAGAGAUGGAAGAUGCCGUCGAAGAGGGUGGUGAGAUAUGGGAGAGGUUGACGCGCACCUCGUGUUCGUUGAAGGCUCCGGAACAAGAAGCUUCUCCGCGACUUGUAUUUGAUCUUCCCACGUCCUCUGGUUCGGAGCUAUCGCUGGAUGCUGCAAAUCGCGUUGAGUUAGUAGCGGCCGCAUUUCGUCAGGGCGAGCAAGCAAGCUUACCGCAUGGUCCCGUGGAUGGCGUGGGAUGGGAAUGCCGGAACGGCGGCGACAAGCAAACUGGAUUGACAGGGGGGACAGCUUCGCUGUUGACGGAGCGCCAGGAGGGCGAAGUGCCUGUCAAGGGAAAUCUAAGGCGCCUUUCUGAUGUGAUGGCGGCAGACGAGGCCUUGGCGGUUGGGAUCUCGCGACGUCUCUCAGCUGUUCGUCGUCGUCCAUGGAGCAAGGGAAUGUCUCGAGACGUCUUCGAUAAUUCAGGCGCUGGCGGUGAGAAGACCGCGGCGUCGGACAAGGCGGAAGAUAGAUUGAGGCGGCCAAUGAUCCAUGGGAUGUUGCCGCCGGGUCUUUGCGGAGAGUGGAUUCAAGUACUCAGUGGCACGAGGAAACAGGGGCGUGGAUCAUAGCUAGUCCUGGCGAAGGUGACGCUAUCUGCCGUCGAGUGGCAGUGGACAUAG